AUUGAAAAAAAAAAAAGGAGGCCGCCUUGGAACCUGCUCGACGGAAGGGCACACCUACUGAUUUUGGAAAGCACAAAGAGACAUUUUUCCAUGCUGCAACCAGUCCUUAGGGGGAACAAGGCCUUCGCAUUUGCGCAAAGCACUGAUUCUCGAAUCCUUGUCAGACGAACUUGGAUUGGAUUUUCCCGCCGAUGGAGGGGAUAGAGCCGAUGGACUUGCUCCGAUCCAAUCUCUCCCGCGUUCGGCUGCCGGAGCCGACCAAUCGCAUCUACAAGCAUGAAUGCUGCGUCUCGUUCGAUACUCCGAAGUCUGAAGGUGGGUUGUUCAUUGACAUGAAUUCAUUUCUUGCAUUUGGGAAGGAUUAUGUUGACUGGAAUUACAGGAAAACUGGAAACCCAGUUUAUUUGCAUAUAAAGCAAACAAAAAAGAUUGUACCUGAGGAUGGGCCUUUGAAGAAACCAAUUCUUUUGGCUAUAGGUGUUGAAGGGGGAUUUGACAAUAACGAGCCUGAGUAUGACGAAUCUUACAGUAUAGUGGUUUUGCCAAAUUAUGUUACUCUUCCUUUUCCAUCAGUGGAGUUGCCAGAGAAGGUAAGACUGGGAGUUGAUGCUAUCUUACUGAAUGAAGGAGUUGAAAAGAAAGAGCAGCUUGCAGCUUGGACAGCUGAUAAGAAGCAAGUCAGUGCAUAUGCAAUGAAUUUGCAACAAAUUGACAAUGGUGUUAUUGUUCCUCCCUCCGGGUGGAAAUGUGCCAAGUGUGAUAAGAAGGACAAUCUCUGGCUAAAUCUUACUGAUGGAAUGAUUCUAUGUGGGAGGAGAAAUUGGGAUGGCAGUGGUGGAAACAACCAUGCUAUUGAACGCUACAAAGAAACUGGCUACCCUCUUGCUAUAAAGCUUGGGACAAUCACUGCUGAUUUAGAAGCAGCAGACGUUUUCUCCUAUCCUGAGGAUGAUAGUGUUGAAGAUCCUCUAUUAGCACAACAUCUCCAAUUUUUUGGAAUUGAUUUUACAUCAUUGCAAAAGACUGAAAUGACAACCGCUGAAAGGGAGCUUGACCAGAAUAUCAACUUUGAUUGGAAUCGAAUACAAGAAAGUGGACUAGAAGUUGAACCUAUUUUUGGACCAGGUUAUACAGGUCUUGUAAAUCUCGGAAACAGCUGCUACUUGGCAGCAACCAUGCAAGUGGUAUUCUCAACACAGUCCUUCUGUGCACAAUACUACAUGAACCAAAACCUAAAAAUGGCCUUUGAUAUGGCUCCUGCUGACCCAACAGUGGACCUGAAUAUGCAGUUAACAAAACUGGCACAUGGUCUGCUAUCUGGUAAAUAUUCUGUUCCUGUAUCAGAGAAAGAUGGUAGUGCUGCACCCAAAGCUGAUGCUAAACAGGAAGGGAUUCCCCCUCGUAUGUUCAAAUCUGUUAUUGCUGCCAGCCACCCCGAGUUUUCUACCAUGAGACAACAGGAUGCCUUGGAAUUCUUCCUUCAUUUUCUUGACCAAGUUGAACGUUCCAAUAGUGGGAAACCUGAAUUGCAUCCUUCUAGGAGUUUCAAGUUUGGUGUUGAAGAGCGGAUCUUGUGUACAUCUGGAAAGGUUGCUUAUAAUAGAAGGCUUGACUAUAUUCUUUCAUUGAAUAUACCGCUGCAUGAAGCUACUAAUAAAGAAGAACUAGAAGUUUCUCAGAGAAUGAAGGCAGAAAAGUUUUCAGAAGGGAACAAAGUUGAAGAAAUUGUACGUCCAAGGGUACCGCUAGAAGCAUGCCUAGCAAGCUUUUCAGCCCCAGAGCAAAUACCUGACUUUUACAGCACUGCUUUAAAGGCUAAGACGACAGCAAUCAAGACUGCUGGUCUAACUUCAUUCCCCGAUUAUUUGGUAUUGCACAUGCGGAAGUUUGUUAUGGAGGCAGGCUGGGUUCCAAAGAAACUUGAUGUCUACAUAGAUGUUCCUGAUGUGAUAGAUAUUAGCCACAUGUGCAGUAAAGGACUUCAACCAGGGGAGGAGCUGUUGCCUGAGGGUGUUCCUGAGGGAGAAGUGCAAGCAAGUUACCUUGUGGCCGAUGAAAAUAUUGUUUCCCAGCUUGUCUCUAUGGGGUUUAACCAUCAUCACUGUCAGAAAGCUGCUGUAAACACCUUAAAUGCUGGGGUGGAAGAGGCAAUGAAUUGGUUACUUUCUCACAUGGAUGAUCCAGAUAUAGAUGCUCCUAUCUCCAUUGGGGCACAGGGUUCCGAGGCUCCUAUUGAUCAAUCCAAAGUUGAUACUUUGAUUGCAUUUGGUUUUCACGAAGAACUUGCUCGGAAAGCACUGAAAGCAUCAGGUGGUGACAUUGAGAAGGCAACAGAUUGGAUAUUUAACAAUCCCGAUGCUUCAACUUCAUCAGAUAUGGAUACUUCCACAUCAGACAACACUACACCUACCACGGUAGACAUGGGGCUACCUGAUGGAGAAGGAAGUGAGUUUCCCAAGCCUCUUCAUGGAUACCGACUUUUUGGAAUAGUGAGUCAUAUUGGUACCUCAACUCAAUGUGGCCACUAUGUUGCCCACAUACUCAAAGAUGGGAGAUGGGUCAUCUUCAACGAUAACAAGGUUGGAGCCUCUAUUGAUCCCCCGAAGGACAUGGGAUACUUGUAUUUCUUUGAGAGGAUUAAGGGCUGAAUCAGUAGUAAAGCUUAGGUUUCAUAGAUAGGAUCAAAAAGACAGCAGGGGAUAUUACCGAAAUUUCUUGGAUUCUUUUAACCCAGCAAUAUGUGCUCACUCUAGGCCUUCUCUGUGCGCAGGCUUAAUCUGAGUGCUUGAUGAGUAUAAAUUACAUUUUUUGGGAAUAUUAAGAUCCCCAUUUUGCUCUUUAAAAUAGAAAGGACUUGUAAGA